AAAUUAAAUGGGAGAGUGAGUAUGGGAAACACUACAUACCAAGUCUUGGAGCAACAACCCAAAUACAAAGUUUGUACCAUACAAAACACUUCUUGGUUCUUACAUUCCACACUCUCAACUGUGUAGGGUAGUUACCCUAUCCAUCCCUCUUUUGGAAGAGGACGAUCAAGAAGAUAAUGAUGAGGAGGUUGUGGCCAAGGUGGGAGACGCCGGAAGAAGAAGGGCUUUACACCGUGUUUGAAAUGCCCAUGCCGCCGGAACAAAUUCUCUACUCAUCAUCAUUGUCUACUAAUCCCAAGAACCUGAACUCCAUUCUUUCCGGCGGAAAAGCUUCUGACUCCGGCGAUGAAAUCCAGCUCCUGCUCGGCGUCAUUGCCGCUCCUCUCGUCUCUCAUCCAAUCUUCUCCCCCCGCUCCGCCACCAAGAUCAUCAAUGUUUAUCCCUUCGUAAGCACUCGGCCGGUUUUCCUUCGUCUCUCGAAAAAACAGGUUUUAAUUUACCUAGUUAAAGAUGUCUUUUUGCAGGAGAUGUCAAUGGCUCAGUACAUAGUGCAACAGUACAUUGCCGCGGCCGGAGGAGACGAUGCUCUGAACUCCAUUGCCAGUAUCUACGCUAUGGGUAAGGUCAAGAUGGCGGCGGCAGAGUACACAUUCUGCGGCGGGGAAGAUGCCGCCGGUUCGGAGAAGAGGUUGAGAAAGAAGAGGGUCAAGAAUGACGGAGAGAUCGGCGGCUUCGUGUUGUGGGAGAAAAGGCCGAACCUUUGGAGCCUGGAGAUGCUGGUCUCCGGCUGCAAAAUCGCCGCCGGCAGCGACGGGAAGGUGGUGUGGCGGCAAACUCCGUGGCACAGAUCCCACGCUUCCCGCGGCCCGCCCCGGCCUCUCCGUCGCACAUUACAGGGGUUGAACCCCAUGUCGACGGCGGCUCUGUUUUCCAAAUCCACCUGCUCCGGCGAGACCUCGGCGAACGGAGAAGACUGCUUCGUGCUGAAGACUGAAACCGAGGCCGCCGUUCUGAACGCGAGGAGUACCCGUAAGCUGGAGAUAGUCAACCACACGGUCCGGGGGUAUUUCAGUCAAAGAACCGGCCUGCUCGUCCGGCUCCGGGACACUCAGAUCAUGAAAAUCAGGUCGCCGGGAAACAAUGACGUCACCUGGGAGACGAGCAUGACGUCGACGAUCGCUGACUACCGUCCGUUAAACGGAGUCAACGUCGCUUACGGCGGAAGAACCGUGGUUUCCCUGUGCCGGAUCGGCGGGAACUCGAGAGGUCGCCGCGCCGUGACGGCGAUGGAAGAGGUGUGGAGCAUCGAGGAAGUGGACGUCAACGUUAAGGGGCUCUCUGUGGACUUUUUCUUGCCCCCGGCUGAUUUGAAUAAUAGAGAAGAAUGAAUGAAAAUUGAAAAAAAACAGAAAGUAAUCUAAAUUUAAGAAAUCAAAUAAAGUACAAUUUUAUUGUUGGUAUAUCUUCUCAUUACAAUUCUUAUUAUUCCCUUUACAAUUCUGUGCCAAUUUUGUCAUUAGUAAAAAAAGAGUAAAUUC